AUGUUCCCCACGAUUCCUACUGACCACCUCGCCCUUAUCUUCAGGACCACCGAUUUUUCACCAAUCCUCAAUCCCACCCCUCAUAACCCACACACAAAAUUAUACAAAGCCCCCAUAAUGUCCAAAGUUUUUUCGGGAAAAGUUAAAAACGUUUUGAGUGGCGACACCUUGGUGUUGGUGCCCCCCUCGUCUACGCAGGUGCCUGUUCCUGAAAGAGUCCUUACGCUUCAGUACGUGAGAGGUGAUUCGUACGAGGCCCGCGAGUUUUUGCGCCAAUUGGUGAUUGGAAAGGUCGUCAAAUUCAAGGUUUUGUUCCAGCUUCCAACGACGGGCAAAGAGUUCGGUGAUGUCCAGGCUCCCAUCUUCAAUUCGUUGAUCGAGUUGAUGGUCCAAAAGGGUUGGGUCAAACUUAAGGACAACAUCAAAACCGACUCCGACGACGAAGACACGUUUGUGCAGAAAUUGAGAGAUUUGGAGCAAACAGCGCAGAAAAACGGCCUCGGAGUGUGGGCCGCUUCGUUCGCGGAGCCUCAGAUCGUUCCUUUGGACGAGUCUGUGAGAGAUGCCUCUAAACAGAAGCCAUUGAGCCUCAUCGUAGAGAAAGUAAUCAGUGGUGAUCGUAUUGUAGGCCGUAUUUUGGUCGACGCCGCUCACCACGUCCUGCAACCUUUGAUCUUGGCGGGUUUGAAGGCUCCUAGAACCGAUGACCUGGAAUCGUCCGUUGUCAAGGUGGCUCACCAGGCUAAGCAGUAUGUUGAAGAUCACCUUUUGACCACCAAGGCUGCCUUGACGGCUGUCAUUGUGGGCGAGAGCAACAACGGCGUGCCUUUGGUCCAGGUCGAGCAUCCCUCUGGAAACAGCAUUCAUGAAAAGCUUCUUGAAAAUGGCUUUGCUGAAAUCGUGGACUGGCAAUCUUCUUUGAUUGGCUCGUCUGUCAUGAGCGGCUACAGAAAAGCCGAGCAGACUGCUAAGGCACUUGGAAAAGGCAUCUAUGCAUCCAUUACAGCUAAACCAGUGUCCACCUCUACAAGUGGAGCAGCCACAGGUGGUGUUUCCGCCAAAAACUUGCGUCCUGGUUUGACAGUCGAUGGUGUUGUUGUCUCUAAAGUUAUAAACGUGGACCUGGUCAAUGUUCGUUUGCCUUCCGGUGAGGAGAUUACUGUUCAGUUGUCUUCUCUCAGAGGCCCAAGACCAAAUGACACUACCGUUACUACGAACUCGAACGACCAACAGGCACUCGUUCAAAUGGCUAGAGAGUAUUCGAGACAUCUUAUGAUCGGCAAAACUGCCUCGAUGUACAUCGAUGGCUUCAGAGCUGCCAAUAAGGACUUGAACCUCGAUGAAAGGUUUUUGGUCAGUCUUAAAAUCAACAACAAAGAUGUUUCGGAAUCUAUUGUUUCGAAUGGUUUCGCUUCUGUCAUCAGACACAACAAGCAGACAGCUGGUGAGAGAUCCAUGAACUGGGAUAGAUUGAUCGAGAUUGAAGAAGAGCAGAAAAAGCUUGGAAAAAAAGGAAUCUUUUUCAAUGGUGAUAUCUCUAAGAUCUUGACUAUCGGAACCAGAGUAGUCAAUGCCUCUGAGAACGCAACAAAGGCCAAGACGUUUUUCUCUGGGUUCAGCAAAAAGGGUAGAAUUUCUGGUUACUACGUGGAAUACAUUCCUUCUGCUAACAGAGUUCGUUUGUAUAAUCCAAAGGAAUCUACUAAGUUGACUUUGGUCUUGGGUGGCUUGUCCAACGACAGAGGCAGCGAAACCGGAGCUGAGGGUCUUGAUUACAUGAACAAAAAGUAUUUGCAGAGAAAUGCUGAGUUUGAGGUUUAUGACACCGAUAAGGUUGGUGGUUUUAUUGGAAAUUUGUUUGCAAACGCGCAAGCCACCAAGCCAGUCCAAGAGGAGCUCUUGAGUGCUGGAUUGGCUUCCGUGCAUGAAAUUGCUGUUUCUUCGAACUCUUUUGGAGCAGAUUUCGAGAGUGCUGAAGCGUCCGCCAAGGCUGCCAAAAGAGGUAUCUGGAAGAACUAUGAUGCUCAAGCAGAGCUGAAAGCUGCUGCUGAUGCCGCUGAAAAAUUGAACCAACUCAACUUGGAAAAUGUCAAGCCUAAGUUCUUUGAUAUCGAGGUUGUUGAUAUCGACAAUGAGGGUAUUUUCUCAUUCCAUAUGGCUGAUGCUCAGACAUCUUCCAAAUUUGCUAAGUUCAAGCAAGAUUUUAAUGCAUUCCAUGCCCAAAAUCCAAGUGCUAGUACUUCUUCCGUUGACUUGCCUAUCAAAUUGACUAAGGGUCCCAAGAAGGGAGAGUAUGUCUCAGCUAAAUAUGGCGAGUCUGGUAAAUUCUACCGUGCCAGAGUACAGAACUUUGACAGAAAUACCGGAAGAUACUAUGUGAAGCAUGUUGAUUUUGGAAAUGUCGAUAGGGUGACUUUGAGCGAGCUCCGGGUUUUGCCACAGAAGUUCUCCGUCACUACCAUUCCAUCAUUUGCUCACUCAUUCAGAUUGAAGGCUAUCAAGUUGCCACCUACCGUUCCAUCGGACUACUUGAGCGAGGCUUUGGAAAUCUUGGAAGACUUAACUUUCGAUCGUAAAUUGGUUCUCAGUGGAUAUCCAUCUAGCAGCGGUGUUGAGUAUGAUGCUGUUUUGUACGAUUCAGAGAAGUCCUUGGUUGAUGCCGAUUACACGAUUAACAACGAGAUUGUUUCUUUGGGCUUUGGAAUUGUUGACCAAAAGGCAAGUGGCGCAGAGACUGCCAAGUUGUUGCAGACAGAGGAGGAGGCCAGAAGAAGCAGAUUGGGAUGUUGGGAGUUUGGAGACAUUCGUCCGGAAGAGGAUUAG